ACAUACACAUGCGGCAUGAGUGGGCGGUACUUCAGCCGCGUGAUCCUCUGUUUGAAUAGACGAUCUUUGCAGCAGCCCCUUUUGGUUCCAAUACUACCCAGCAGCCGAAGACUGGUACUUCCAGUUUCCUGCCUGGAGGAAGAGAAGGCAGCCAUGGCGUCAGGCCUGCCCUGUGUUGUUGUUCUGGCUCUGUGUAUUUUCCUGCUCCCCUCCGUAUCUGUGGGGAGCCCAAACUGUGAUUCCUACAGAGAUGGAGCCGGCGUGUACCACGUCUCCCAAACUUGCUACAUAGGAUACUGCUGUGGAUCCUGCUACAACAGAUACUGCUGUCAAAAUAGCUUCUUAAGGUUGACUGAGGACGAGCAAGAUGAGUGUGAUUCCAAAUUUUACAUGUCUGACUCCCCUCUGCCCAUGGUCUUUGGUAUCGGUACCUUUGUGGCCAUUUUGCUCAUCUUCAUCUGCUGCUGUGUCUGUCCCUGCUGCUGCCUGUAUAAGAUGUGUCGAAAACCCAGACCUGUGAUUGCCACCACCACCCACACGACAGUGGUCACCUCAACUCCCCAGCACUACCCCCAGCAGCCAACAGCUACUCCUGUUCAGUCCUACCAGGGCGGCCAGUACCCACCGUACCAGCCCGUACCAGCUCAGGGUUACGGCCCUCAGCCAAUGCCUCAGGGCUAUGGAGCUCAGCCUUACCAUGGACAGCCAUUCGCAGCAGGACCGCCACCAACAUAUCAGGAAGCUACCGGUCCCGGCUACCCCCCCAACCCAAUGCCUUACAGCCAAGCUGCAUACAACCCUGGCGGCCCUGCGUACCCGUCACAGCCUCCCAUCCAGCCAAAGCCCAUGGCUCCUUCUGCACAUACAGACUACCUCGCACAGCCAGCAUACAACCCAGACUACGUCGCACCUCCACCCUAGAUUGGAUAACUGACCACAGUGCUCAACUCUCAGCCACUUUAAAAACAUGCUGCAACAUUUUCAACCUUGGCAGGACUGGAAAUGUGUCACACAUAUCAGGAUGUUUCUUGAUUGGUUAGGUUCUGGGAUUAUUUAUGGAAACAGUGUAACACAUUUGCAGUUUGAAGAAUGUCUGUUCUGCUGAAAAGUUGCCAAGUGAAAAUGUUGAUAUCUCUUUGCUUGUAUUGCAUGGACUUCAAAUAUACAAGUGGUGAGAUUUUUUUUUUUUUAUUGCUUAGUGACUCCAUCAUAGUCAUCUUUGGUUAAAAAAACCCACAAAACCACUGAAUCUGAUUGUCAAGUGAAGUGCUUUGACUUUUUCUGGCUCUGAACGUGCCUCAACAUCUCCCUCUUCGUCCGUGUUUGUACUGCUCACCGGCUGAACCUGCCUGACCUCCUUCUUAACUUUAGGAAAGUUUUGUUGGCCACAGGCUCAGCCAUAAUCUCAUUUCUUUAUGCCAUUUUCAAGUGCUUUACUUUCUCAUUUUCCUUUACUCCUGGUGCCUUUUUUACACAUAUAAUGUUUAGAUAGGUUACAUCAGAACACUUGGGUUUCAUUUGUGCAGUGGUGAGCAUUGACCCCUGGUUUGGUUUAAAGAGUGCAGCAAUCUGCACGACUUUUGGUUGGUUAGGGGCAUGUAUUGUCCAUUACUUCGUGGUUGAUACAGAACACAAGAUGGAGCAGUAUCUCUUUUGGAUCAUUGGUGUGAGUAUAUGAUGAAAAUAGUUCAUUUUUCAAAAGUGGAAUCACAAACCAAUAACGAGGAUAGCAUCUCUCUGUUUUGUUCCAUCACUCAUUCAGUUUAACUGACUGAAAUGUUCAAGUUUGGGAAAAGGGAAAGGCCAUUAAGUUGUUUAAAAAUACUCACAAAUAGGCAAAAGGGACAUUUUUUAUUAGCCAGCAAGUUUUUUAUUGUGCUCAGGUUAUCAUUCUUUGUUUUCAAUUUGUCCAUUCUGCAGCGCGUGCAACCGAGCUCAAAUGUAGCAUUGAAUGAAAAACCAAAGGAGAUUUUUUUCAUUUGUUCACAAAAUCAAGUCCUAAAAAAUAUUAUGACAUUACAGAAUGCAAGAAACAACCGUGCCUAGAGUAUCUUCUUUAUUAAACUAACGUAUGCAUGUCAUUUACAACGGUUUCAAAUCACACUCUCUAGUAAUAUGUAAAUGCGUGCUGUAUUUCUAAUCAUAAAGACAUUUAUCAGAAUUUAUGCCUUCAUACUGUGUUGCCUUUCAGCUUUAAUUUAUGAAGUUACAACCCAAGCUGUGCACGUACUGAAUCUUUAAAUGUCACUUUAAAUACAUAGUAUUGGGAUUUGUAAAUAUGGCCUGUAUUAGCCUGUACCAGCUUCGCAGUGCAGUUCCUACAAGUCUUUAUUUUUUUAACAGGGCAGCCUUUUCUGCACUUUAACUUUCCGCAGCAAAGCCUCCUCGUCUGCUUUCCGCUGACUGAAAUAAACAUUUACUAAAGUGACCUUUUUUAUAUAAUCCAAGCUGAACAUGGAGGUGCACGGUCACAGCUCAGGUGACAGGACCGAUAUUUACCUUUUGAGCUGCACUGUUUUUACUUUUUUACUUUGUUCUGAAGUCCUGUGGUUGUGGCCAUAAAUAUGGAUAUGUUUAUUGCGUGCAGGUUUCAGAAUGACUCAGCUACAUGUAGGUUGUGGCUUAUUUUAUUUUCCCUGCCAAUCUCAGAAACCAUGUUUGUUACUUUAAACACAGAGGUUUAUUUCCUUACACAUCUUUUAUUUGAGAGGAAUAUGCAUGUUUCCUACAGUGACCAAACCAUUUGUCUGUGCACCUGGUCUCUCAGAAGGCAUACUUUUUUGUCUGAAAUCUGUCCUUCUAAAUGCAUUCUGUCUGUAAAUUUCAUUUCUUUGGCUAGUGUUGUAUAUUCAAGGUGACUUUAGUUGGAGUGUCUUUAUUUGUGUACGAGUAGAUUGUAGCCAUUUGUGUCUUUAAAAAAAAAAAAAUACCAGCAGAGAUUUAUUCUUGUUCCAUCUGUGCUUCUCAUCCAAGAAUAAUUGUCAGUGAUGCUACUGCGAGAAUAUUCUGUACAUGCUUUUUAUUUUGUUAAAAACACACCAGUUCUCCUGCAGUGUUCAAUAAAGAUAUAUUUUCUUGUU